GUUUAUUUGUUUUCUCUUUUUAACACACGUGCGUCAUUUACGCAAGCGUUGCUAAAGAAGUUUUGUGAAUCCCUGUGAAGCUGUUGUAAAUGAGGGGAAGAACCAAAUGUCAAAAAAUUGUUCUUAAUGAGUGUUUCUUUAAAGUUAAACUACUUGUUGGAGUUUUAAAACGCUUUUGGUGAGGUUUUUAAGUGUUUUUAAGGAUUAAAUGGAGUUUAUACAUGGGAAUAACAAAAACCUAACCUCUUUUUAUGUUAAAAAUACGAAAAAAAAACGUUGAAGAUUUGCAGUUGUUGGGUUUUAAGAACAGUAUAGCAGUUUUUGGGGAAAGUAUAAUGUCGCUGAAGAAGGUAAAUUUAGAAGUUGGAGAAAAUGGCUCAAAAUUUAUUACAAUUAAUGGUAAAAAAAUGAAAGUUUUGAUAAAAGCAAAAUUUAAUGAUUUAACAAAUGUAAAUAAAACCCCUUCCAAGCAAACGAAUUCAAAUGAUAACAAAGAUAAUGUGACAGAUAAAUCAACACUUGUGAAAAAGCCAACGUGUAGUGUGGUCACAGUGGAAAAAAUAGGCAAAAUAUUCAAACCAAACUUUCUAAACCUAGCGACAAACAUGAAGAAAGAAACUAAAAAUGUUAAAAACAGUAGCUGCCAAACAAACACCAAAACUUUUAAAGAUUCGUCCUGCCAAACUGAUAAAGACAAAGAGGAUUGUUUUAUAGAUUUUUUUAACUUGGACAAUAAUAUUUUUUCUGAAUUGGAUGAGUUACCUGGCAUAGACACUGGCAUAGACACUUUUCUUAAAGUUGAAAUGCCAGUUAAAAAAUGUACACCUGCUCAAAAUCCAGUGUCCAACAAAAAUGAUCCAAAAGUGAAGUUUUUUUUUGAUAUACGUAAUGCAUUGAAUUUUAACAGCAAUGGAAACUUGCCAAUUCAUGAAGCAGUUUUAGAAAAUAACCUAAAUAAUGUAAAGAGAUAUACUUUGGUUUUAAAAUCCCUGGGACCUUACAUUAAUUUGCUGAAUCAAAAUAAAUAUACUCCUCUACAAGUAGCAAUAUUAAGCGAGGCAAGCAAAGAAAUCGUCACGUUUUUACUAGCACAUGGAGCAGAUGUUUCUUUGACAGACCAAGAGGGAAACACUGUGUUUCAUUUGGCCGUUCAAAUGAACAAUUUCAAUGCCUUAGAAGAACUUUGUAAACCCAACGUAGAUAAUCCCAUAAUCGACCAGUUUAACUACGAAGGUUUAACUCCCUUAAUGAUUUGUUGUAUUAACCAAAAUUUAAAUUGCGCGGAAAUUUUAUUAGACUGCGGGGCCAAACCUGACAUUUUGGACCAAAAAUCCGGAAGAACCGCCCUUUUUCAUGCCGCUGAAAAUCAACAUUUGGAAAUGGUAAAGUUAUUAUUGGACAAUAAUGCCAACACAAAAAUAAAAAACUUCUUUGGAACGAGCCCACACGACGCUAUGUUUGAAAUGGACGAAAUUCCGCAAGAAAUUAGGAAUUUAAUAUGGCUAUCAAAGAAACGUAAAGCUUCAAAGUCGGCAAAAAGCGAGGAUAUAGCCAUUUACGGCAAAAAAUUAAAAAUCGUCAAAACGUACCAAAAAAUCAAUACGGCAUCUUAA